AUGAAUUUCGCACUUCCAGAUUUGGCACCCAGUGAUUUUCAUCUUUUUUUACACAUGAAAUCAUUUAUGGUUGGCCAGAACUUCAACGAAGAUGAUGAGGUGAAAAAGGCUAUUAGCGCAUGGUUACAAUCACAGGCGUCAUCUUUCUAUGAUGAAGGGAUACAAAAAGUAGUACCUCGAUAUGAUAAGUACUUAAAUAAUGGUGGUAACUAUGUUGAAAAAUAG